UCCGUGCAAGGAGAUAUGAAGAUGUGGCCUUUCAAAGUCGUCUCAGGCCCCAGCGACCGGCCUAUAAUCGUCGUGCAGCACAUGGACGAGGAGAAGAGGUUUGAGGCCGAGGAGAUCUCGGCGAUGGUGCUCAGCAAGAUGCGCGAGAUCGCCGAGGCCUACCUCGGGACGGAGGUGAAGAACGCCGUUGUCACUGUCCCGGUAUACUUCAACGACUCCCAGCGCCAGGCCACCAUCGAUGCUGGCACGAUUGCUGGCUUAAAUGUCAUGCGCAUCAUCAAUGAACCCUCUUCCGCUGCUGUCGCCUAUGGUCUUGACAAGAUAUCCAAUAUCGAUGAAAUAAAGACGGUGCUCAUAUUUGAUCUUGGUGGCGGUACCUUGGAUGUCUCCAUUAUCAAAAUUGAUCCAGGCGUUGACAUCGAUAUGGGAGUCUUUGAGGUCAAGGCCACGUCUGGUGAUACACACCUUGGCGGCAAGGAUUUUGACGAUCUGAUGGUGAAACACUUUGUGCGUGAGUUUCUGAAGAAGCACAAGAGGAACGAGAUCAGAAGCAACCCAAAGGCGCUCCGGCGGCUUAGGACAGCCUGUGAGAAGGCCAAGAGGAUGCUGUCUUUCACGACCCAUACUACUGUUGAGAUCGACUCACUCCAUGAGGGGAUCGACUUCUACGGGGCCAUCACACGCGCAAGGUUCGAGGAGCUCAACAUGGAUCUCUUCCGCAAGUGCGUUGAACAUGUUGAGAAGUGCCUCGCUGACGCCAAGAUGGACAAGUCUCAGAUCCACGAGGUAGUUCUUGUGGGCGGCUCGACACGAAUUCCCAAGGUGCAGCAGCUGCUCCAGGAAUUUUUUGAUGGGAAGGAGCUCUGCAAGAGUAUCAACCCUGACGAGGCCGUCGCCUAUGGAGCUGCCGUACAAGCUGCCAUCCUCAGUGGAGAAGGUAAUGAGGAAGUGCGGGACUUUCUGCUUCUCGACGUCACGCCGCUGUCACUCGGGACGGAUAAUUUAGGUUGUUUUAUGAGCGUGCUCAUCCCUAGGAACACCACGAUCCCUGUCAAGAAGGAGCAGGUUUUCAGGACCGUCCGGGACGAUCAGACGGCCGUUCGCGUUCAGGUAUUGGAGGGUGAAGGGACCUUGACCAAGGACAACAACCUCCUGGGUGAGUUCAAAUUAUCUGGCAUCCGCCGUGCGCCACGUGGCGUGCCGAAAAUCAACGUGAUCUUCGACAUCGAUGCGAACGGCAUCCUCAAGGUGUCCGCCGAGGACAUGGCGACGGGAAAGAAGAAAGAUAUCACUAUCACUACUGACAAGGGUCGGCUGAGCAAGGAGGAGAUCGAGAGGAUGGUGCAGGAGGCGGAGAAGUACAAAUCAGUGGACAAGAAGCAGAUGAAGAAAUAAAGUAAGAACGCCGAGCCUUUGAAACACCGGGUACAAUGUGCUUCCGCAACCAUAUGAUGGUACUUAAUUUGAUUUUAAGGGUCCUAUAAUGGCACUGUUUCUCUGUAAGAACUAAGAAUCGAUGCUCAGUACUAGUACUGCUGG